CUGAAAGUUUAGCCAAGACAAGAAAGAGAGCUCUAAAUUUGGCACAACUAUACAGAGGUUGACAAUGUCUGCUGCUGUGUCCACAACCAAGGAUGUUCCCUAUAAUGCUCAUUUGGAUGAAGAGCUCAAAAACAAAGGAACCAACAAGGUUGUUGGGGAACCACACCAGCUUCCUUACAGUGAUGAUGCUGAAGAAAUUGAGCAAGAAGAAGAGGAACACCCCAAGUUGGAAUUGGAUCUAGGCCCUCAGUUUUCCCUCAAGGAACAGCUUGAGAAAGAUAAAGAUGAUGAAAGUUUGAGAAAAUGGAAGGAACAACUUCUUGGAAGUAUUGAUAUGUCUGCUAUUGGAGAGAACAAAGAUCCAGAAGUGAAGAUAGUGAGCCUCACCAUAACAUGCCCCGGUAGGCCUGACCUCAUCCUACCAAUUCCAUUUACUGGUGAUUCUAAAAAGAGCAUCUUCACCCUUAAGGAAGGAAGUCAAUACCGCUUGAAAUUCUCUUUCACUGUCUCCAACAACAUUGUUUCUGGCCUCAAAUACUCCAAUGUUGUUUGGAAAACUGGGGUUAGAGUUAUAUUUGGCAUUCAUGAAUUUAUUGAAAUAGUGGACAACACCAAAAAAAUGUUGGGAACUUAUAGCCCAAGGCAGGAACCAUAUACUUAUGAAUUGGAAGACGACACUACCCCUUCGGGCUUGUUUGCUAGGGGAACCUAUUCAGCAAGAACCAAAUUUGUAGAUGAUGAUCGUAAAUGCUACUUGGAUACCAGCUAUCACUUUGAAAUUCAGAAGAAUUGGCCUACUCACAUUUGAGAUUCCAAUCUUAAGUAAAUUUGUUGGUGGAUUUUUUUUCAUCUGUCAUCUUAUGUCAUUUUGGAACAGAUUGAAA